CCCCGACCUUUAGCACUCGUGACCGCUUGGCAAGGGGGCCCGGCGGGUUGCAGCUGGUGCUGGUGCUAGGGGCGGGGAGCAGGGAGCUCGCCCAACUGACCUUCCCCCUGGGAAGACCCCCCUCAUCCGGACCCGAUGGCGGACAGGCUCUUGUCUUCCUGCAGCCUCUUGCUGCCCAGAGCUGCCCAGGCCUUGGGGGCUGAGGCUGGGCUUUCCCACAGCCGUUCUUUUAUGGGCUUCGCUUCCCCAUUCAUCAACAAGCGCAAGGCAUACUCCGAACGCAGGAUUAUGGGGUACUCAAUGCAGGAGAUGUAUGAGGUGGUGUCCAAUGUCCAGGAGUACAAGGAGUUUGUGCCUUGGUGUAAGAAGUCCUUAGUGGUGUCCAGCCGAAAAGGUUACCUGAAGGCCCAGUUGGAGGUUGGCUUCCCACCUGUUGUGGAACGUUACACUUCAGCUGUCUCCAUGGUCAAGCCUCAUAUGGUCAAGGCUGUCUGCACUGAUGGCAAACUCUUCAACCAUUUAGAGACUGUCUGGAGAUUCAGCCCUGGUCUUCCUGCCUACUCCCGAACUUGCACUGUGGACUUUUCGGUUUCCUUUGAGUUUCGAUCAUUGCUUCAUUCUCAGCUGGCUACCAUGUUCUUCGAUGAGGUUGUUAAACAGAAUGUUGCUGCCUUUGAGCGCCGAGCAGCCACCAAGUUUGGUCCAGAGACAGCCAUCCCCCGUGAACUCAUGUUCCAUGAGGUGCACCAUAUUUGAGACCAGCUCCAUAACUUAUUUAUUUGGUUUGAUCCAAGCUCCAUUCCCUGGGGCAAGUCUUGUUUAUGUCCGCCUCCCUGCCCCCCUGCCCCCCUGCCCAAUAGUUCUGGCUCUCCAGGGAGAGAGAACUCAGGAAUCUGGAGUGAACUUCUCAAUUAGCAGAUGCUGAGGGGUAAGGGAGAUCCCUAGGAGUUGGCCAGCCUGACUCCAGGAACUGAACUUUACAUGCCUGUCUCCUUCUGGAAACUGAACUCAGAAUUGCUGGGAUUUUUUAUCUUUGGCCAUGUCUUGUGAGUUAGGACUCUAUUCUUGGUCUAACUUAUGGUGCCUCAGUGUCUCUGGAAGGGUAAAGCAGUCCCAAGUCUCCAGUGAAGCCAUAUUACACUGUUCCCCUCUCUCGUUAAGGAGCUAAGGGGAUAGAGGCAGUUCUUAUUGUCUUGAUAAAGAAGCCUUAUGAGGGAAAAGUAACUUCCAUUUUGGAAUCCAGGUAUCUGAACUUCUAUCUAAAGUCUGCUUUCCAAAAAAGGAAAAUUUCCCCCUCCUGGCUAAUAUAUGUAGGAUGUCAGAGGAGUUUUUUCCCCCUACCAGGGUGGAGGGGAGGCUUUGAGUAAAGCUGCACUUCUAGCCUGUACCUUUCUUCCACCUGGGCUGAGUGUUUGGAUGAAGAGCCAAUAAACCAGUUGUGUGGAUUUGGUUUUGUAGUGCUUCUUAGGUAAGGAAUACAAGGCAGGAAAAAGGUAGCCCUGUACUACAGUGUCUCUGGACACACUGUCCCUGCUAACUAUAGCCCCGCAUUCCCCUGGCUGGGCCCACUCUUCACUAUUUAUAGCCUCUCUUCAGAAGGUCAAUUGUAGCAGGAACCUAGUGGGGGAAGGGGUUGGGAGGUAGCGGCACAAGGGAGAAGGGAUCCAGACCAGGGACCAAGCCUGGUCUCAGAGGUGCUGGGAACAAGAGCCAUUAUAACGUUUUUUGGUGCGAUGGCCUCUCUGCCGUUAGGGUAAAGAAUCCUAUGGACACUCUUAGAAUUAUGUCUUUAAAUGCAAAAAAAAAAGAUACAUGUGAGUGCAAAGGAAAACCAAUUAUAGUGAAGUCAAGUUAUCAAAAUACUAAAGAAAAGUUCACCACUGGGAAACAGGAAGACCUGGGCCAACACUAUCUUGCUCUCCGAACCCAUUUCCUAUCAAAAUAGUGAUAAUUUCUAGCACUAAUAACCUCACAAGAAGUGGCUCAAAGGAGUUAAUUUAAAGCACUAUGUGUGUCAUGUCCUCCUAGUUUGUGAAGGUUAUUGCCACCUAAGCCCUGGCCUACUCCACCCUCCUCCCCCAUCCUCCCAAGAGAUACCUGUAGUGUAGACUGUAGCCAUUUUCUGGCAAGAGGGCAGAAUUGUCAGCCCUCACCCCCAAGGUCAUGCUUUAACUCCUUUCACCCACUGAGCUUCGUGGUAAAAAGGGAAGGAAGUAAAGGUAGGGAGUUACUGUCCAACAGACUUCAUAGACCUCCCCACCCAAGCUAGUAGUUAUACUAUCAAUAUCCAUCAGCUGAAAAAACAUGGAUUAUGGAUUCCUUUCCAAAAAUCCAUGGUGUCUUCUCCAAAGAGUCCAAGGCUGCCAACAAGUUGGAAAUUACUGGUCUAAGAGUUCUGAUACUUGAAGAAAGAUAAGGAAACUAUUGAAUCAGGCAUUUCGAAGCCUUUGGCCUUUUAUCUCUAUGGCUUAUAUGACAUCAAGACCCAGAUUUGUUAAUAAAAACAUUUAUUUUGUGUUUUAUACAGAA